AUGGAUGAAGUCGGUGAAACGUCAGAUGAUAGCUUUAGAGUGAAAGAAAGAACAACUUUUCCUUGUCAAACUGGUUGGGUUACGUUUGACGAACCAGUCAAGGAGUCAAGAGUGAUUGAAUGUCCCACUGAAGAAAAGCCUUCAGAAGAAAAUGGGCGAUAUCUUUCACUUUUGGGUAAGUUUGAUAUUGAAGCGUACAUGGUCAUGAUCAGUUCAACAAUGUCAUUAAAGGAUUAUUUUUUGGUUAUCAAACUUUAAAUAUAGAAAGCCACAUAAUUUGUCAACCUCUUGCAAAAUAUUUGGAAUUUUUUAUCAGAUUCCUUCUGGCACUUGACUUCUUCCCCAUAAACAGAAGCACCCUUCCCCUUUGCCACACCCCUCCCCACCCCCCACCUACCGGACUGCAAGCAGUUCAUUUUCAAUCAGUCGAGUUGAGGCUCUGGCCGUUUUUUUGUUGCUCAAUCUGCCCACUUGUGUGACCAUUACAGUACUGUCAACUUUCCCGGAUAAUCCAGGAGACUCCAGAUUUUUGACCGUAUCUCCCAGUCUCCAGAUUAGAGUAUGAAAUCUCCUGGAUAAUUGCUGAAGUUUGCUAUUUCUUCAGUGGACUCGAGUUUCCGACAAUAAAGUGUCAACUAUUUUGUGUUGUGUGGGCUAUUCAAAUGUUGACAUCAAUCAUUUCCUCCGGUAUGCCAUAAUGUCAUGUAAUAAUGCGAUUGGUCUCUUGUGGGAAGUAAACAAAUCAGGUCGAAUAAUACAGUGCCAACAACAUCUUUUUUGUGCAUUUUGUGUUAUCGCAAAUUCGUGACGAUCGGAGUGAAAGAGUAUUUUUUCACAAAUGACGUCAUGUGCCAUGCAUUAUGAUGUCAUCUAUCAUCCCUCAAUAUUUGAAGACGCUGGGGGUUGACAGCCCUGCACUAUGGGGGGCUGUCAACCCCCGACAUCUUCAGAUAUUGAGAAUUGAUAGGGAAGGGAUGGUAGAUGAUGUCAUGACACACAGCACAUGACGUCAUUUCUGAAAAAAUACUCGUUAACUCCGAUCAUCACAAAUUUGCCAUGACAUGAAAUAUGUAAAAAAACGCUGUUGAUAACAUUGUAACAUUUGAUCUGAUUGGUUUACUUCUCACCAAUCACAUUAUUGCCCAAGCUUAUAUCACAUUAUUAUUAAACGUCGUAUAUUAUUUAUAUUAAACGUCUGAUAUACUGUUAACAAUAAAAUAGCUCAAACAACACAAAAUAUUUGAAACUUCAUUGCUGGAAAGUCAAGUCUACAGGAAAUGGCAAACUUUGACAAUUAUCCGGGAGGUUUCAGACUCUAAUCUGGAGACCGGGAGAUAUGGUCCAAAAUCUGGAGUCUCCCAGAUUAUCUGGGAGAGUUGACUGAACUGACUAUGAGAGACUGUUCGCAGUCUAUCACUUUGGUUCCUGACUCAUACUAAUGGGAAGUGAAUUGGUAAAAAAUCCAGAGAUAUGGACUAAAAUAGAGUUUACUGCCCUUUUCACAAACAUUCGAAUUCUGAAGUUCAAAAGCCAACUGAAGAUUGCAUUUUUCGCUGCUCUCAAUCAUCUUAACGGACCUCUUAGGAAACAAAACUUUACUUUAAGGGGUUCAAACGGUAAUGGUUUGUGAUUUGUGAUUGGUGGAUUUCGAUCCGUUUUGUGUGUUUCUGUGUUUCAAGGUUCGUUGCUUGUGAUCAUAAUUAUGAUUGACGGCAGCGAAAAACGCAAUUGUGAAGGCUCCUUUUGAACUUUAGAGUUCGCAUGUUUGUGAAAAGUGCAGUAAAAUUGGCUGGUAAAUUUAAAUGAAAACGUUGUCUCUCUACCCACCUUGGAAAACACAAUAAAAGUGUUUCUUUAUUUCAGAGAAGGAAUUACAGAGACUGCAGGAAAAGAAAAGAAAGCCUUUAUCCUCAAAAGACAUGAUAAAGACAUUACAAGAAGCCAAGGAAAGUCACAUGAAGGAACUCAUGGACAACAGUGAACCAACAGGGUCUUUUGUUAUAGUUGAGAGUGAAAUGAAGGGAAAUUCUUGCUGUUUCCCUAUGUACAGAGCUUUGUUUCCCAAACAGCCCAUAAACAAUGAAGAACUUGAAUGCUUAGUUGAAGAUGAUGAUCAGCAGAACAGAUAA